AUGUCUUCCUCAUACAAUACUGAAGAAACAUCUUCAGACCGCAAUGUCGAAAUUUGGAAAAUCAAGAAACUGAUCAAAAGUCUGGAGAUGGCUCGGGGGAAUGGUACAAGCAUGAUAUCUUUGAUAAUUCCUCCCAAGGAUCAGAUUUCGAGGGUAAGCAAAAUGUUGGCCGAUGAAUUUGGUACCGCGUCCAACAUCAAAUCGAGAGUUAAUAGGCUGUCCGUACUGGGUGCAAUCACUUCUGUGCAACAUAGACUGAAACUUUAUACUAAAGUUCCCCCUAAUGGCCUUGUAAUUUACUGUGGCACAAUAGUGACUGAAGAAGGGAAAGAAAAAAAAGUUAAUAUAGAUUUUGAACCAUUUAAACCCAUUAAUACAUCGCUUUAUCUUUGUGACAAUAAGUUUCACACAGAAGCUUUAACUGCACUUUUGGCAGAUGAUAACAAAUUCGGUUUUAUUGUUAUGGAUGGUAACGGAGCUCUGUUUGGAACCCUUCAAGGAAACACGCGAGAAGUACUUCAUAAGUUCACGGUCGAUUUACCCAAGAAGCACGGUCGUGGUGGUCAAUCAGCCCUUCGUUUCGCUCGUUUGAGAAUGGAAAAGCGACACAAUUACGUUAGGAAAGUAGCAGAAGUCGCAACGACCCUUUUUAUAACCAACGAUAAGCCCAAUAUUGCCGGUCUUAUAUUGGCAGGUAGUGCUGAUUUCAAGACUGAACUGAGUCAGUCUGACAUGUUCGACCCGCGUUUGCAAGCCAAAAUUAUUAAGCUAGUAGAUGUGUCUUAUGGUGGUGAGAAUGGGUUUAAUCAAGCUAUUGAAUUGGCUGCUGAAUCCCUUCAGAACGUCAAGUUUAUUCAAGAAAAGAAACUGAUCGGACGCUACUUUGAUGAAAUCAGUCAGGAUACCGGUAAAUAUUGUUUUGGUGUUGAAGAUACGCUGCGAGCAUUAGAGCUUGGUUCAGUCGAAACUCUCAUAUGUUGGGAAAACCUUGAUAUACAGCGAUACGUACUCAAGAAUCAUUCCAGCGCCGAAGAGAAAGUUCUGCACUUGACACCUGAGCAAGAAAAAGACAAAACCCAUUUUACUGAUAAAGAAAGCGGGGUUGAACUUGAGUUAGUUGAAAGCCAGCCCCUUUUGGAAUGGCUUGCGAACAACUACAAAAGUUUCGGUGCCACCCUCGAAAUUAUUACAGACAAGUCGCAAGAAGGAUCACAAUUCGUCCGCGGGUUCGGUGGAAUUGGUGGCUUACUACGAUACAAGGUUGAUUUCCAAAGUUUACAAUGUGACGAAACUGACAACGAUUUUUACGAUCUGGAUGAUUACUGA